AUGAGUGGUCUCCGCAGAGUUCUCAGAAGGCGAUUACACCCCUUAAAACUGGUGAUAGUGGCCCUUAUCUUUGUCACAUUUCUCUUUCUAAUACAACGUGAGGUAGUAAGCCAAAGUCCCUCCCUAGAAGAGCCCUGGCUGAAGGAGAUAGCUGUCAAGCGGGAUGCCGUGCUGGGCAUGGUGAUGGGGGCCGUCAAUAACUUUAGGGAUGCUAUGCCAAAGAUGCAGAUCAAAGCCCCAGUGCGUCAGCAGGACAAUGCAGGGGACUUCUCCUGUUUGCCAGGGACCUACACGGCUGCUGAGCUGAGGCCAGCCCUGGAGCGUCCACCUCAGGACCCCAACAGCCCCGGGGCCUCUGGGAAGCCCUUUCACACAGAUAAACUGAGCCCUGCUGAACAGAAGGAGAAGGACCGGGGAGAGGAGAAACACUGCUUUAACCUCUACGCCAGCGACCGCAUUUCUCUCAGCCGUGACCUGGGUCCUGACACCAGACCACCGGAAUGUAUCGAGCAAACGUUCAAGCGCUGUCCCCCUUUGCUGACCACCAGCGUGAUCAUUGUGUUUCACAAUGAAGGCUGGACUACUCUGCUGAGGACGGUGUACAGCGUCCUCCACACCUCCCCUGCCAUCUUCCUCAAGGAGAUCAUCCUGGUGGACGAUGCCAGUGUGGACGACGCCUUGAAAGAGGAGUUGGAUGAAUAUUUGAAGCGGCUGCACAUUGUGCAUGUGGUGCGGCAGCGGGAGAGGAAGGGCCUGAUCACCGCUCGGCUACUGGGAGCCUCGGUGGCCACCGGAGACAUCCUCACCUUCCUCGACGCUCACUGUGAAUGCUUCAGUGGCUGGCUGGAGCCUCUGCUGGCCAGGAUAGCAGAGAACUACACUGCAGUAGUGAGUCCUGACAUCACUACCAUUGACCUCAACACUUUUGAGUUUAUGAAGCCCUCGCCGUACGGGCAGAAUCACAACCGUGGUAACUUCGACUGGGGCCUGUCCUUCGGCUGGGAGAGUCUACCGGACCACGAGAAACAACGGAGGAAGGAUGAGACCUAUCCUAUCAAGACACCAACUUUUGCUGGGGGACUCUUCUCUAUCUCCAAGGACUACUUCUAUCUCAUCGGAAGCUAUGAUGAACAAAUGGAAAUCUGGGGCGGAGAGAAUAUUGAAAUGUCUUUCAGAGUGUGGCAGUGUGGGGGUCAGCUAGAAAUCAUCCCUUGCUCCAUUGUGGGUCACGUGUUCCGCACCAAGAGCCCCCACACCUUCCCCAAGGGCACCCAGGUGAUCGCACGCAACCAGGUGCGGCUGGCCGAGGUCUGGAUGGACGACUACAAGGAAAUCUUCUACCGACGCAACCAGCAAGCCGCCCAGCUGGCCAAAGACAGGGCCUUCGGAGAUGUCGGGCGUCGCGUGGACCUCCGGGAGCGGCUGCAGUGCAAGAGCUUCUCCUGGUAUUUGAAAAAUGUGUAUCCAGAGGUCUUCAUGCCCGAUCUCAACCCGCUCCACUUUGGCUCGGUGAAAAAUGUAGGUAAAGACUCGUGUCUGGAUGCAGGGGAGAACAACGAGGGAGGGAAACCGCUGAUCUUGUAUCCAUGCCACGGCCUCGGAGGAAACCAGUAUUUUGAGUACUCGACCCAUCAUGAGAUCCGGCACAAUAUUCAGAAGGAGCUGUGUUUGCAUGGGACGGAUGGAGCCGUGAAGCUGGAAGACUGCCAGUAUAAAGGCCGCAACACGUUUGUAGGAGCAGAACAGAAGUGGGAGUUAAGGGAGAACCAGCUAUUCUACAUCCCAGGAUGGAACCUGUGUCUGAGUGCUCGUCAUGAGCACCCCUCCUUGGUGGCCUGUAAUCCCUCAGACAGAUACCAGCUGUGGCUCUACGUCUGA